AUGCUCUUCUCAUUCACCCUGCUGGCCCUCCUGGCCAACAUGACCACCGCCUUUCCCUUCAUGAAGCGCGACAUCCAGUGGUCCUUCGAUCUCUACCCCAGCAGCCAGUGCGACAGCGACGGUGACCUCCACUCCGGUGCAGGCAGUACCGGCUGCCGCGCCGACCUGAACUCGAUGGCCGCGGCCUACCGUCUGAACGCCAUCGCGCCCGGCUGCCAAGUGGAAUUCUUUGAUAAUACCAUGUGCGAGCAAAGCGGGACCUCGGACGUGGUGUUCGACCUGUCAACAGGCGCCGAGUCCUGCCAGGUGCCCUCGUUGGCGCGGCGAUACGGCUCGUACCAGGUGACAUGCAACGAGGGCCAUGAGCUGAAAAUGUGA